AUGGCACCAACCCCCAAUCCAGUGAAGGUGGUUGAGGUUUGCAGAGUGACUCCAACACCUCCGACUACACCUAUUUUCUUCUACGAAUCCCACCAAUAUUCAACCACUACAUUCUUAGGAAAUAUCCUUCCUAAACUCAAACAUUCCCUCUCUGUCACCCUCCACCACUACCUUCCACUCGCCAGAAAUCUGACAUGGUUCACAGAUUCUGAUGAUAAACCAAUUAUCCGAUACGUUGAAGGUGAUGAUGAUGCAGUUUCACUUACCAUAGCCGAGUCUGAAGCUGAUUUUUAUUGUCUUUCCUCCAGCAAUAUACGCAGCUUUCGCCAAGUCAAAGAAAUUGAACCAUUUUUACCCAACUUACCAGCAUCUGACAAUCGAGUACCCGUGAUGGCAUUGCAAAUCACUUUGUUUCCAAACAAAGGUGCAGUACUUGACGGGAAAACUUCAGCUUUGUUUAUGCAUUCUUGGGCUCAUUUGCUGAGGUGGAGGAGGAGAUCUAAGCCCGAAUUAACUCCAUUCUAUGACAGGACCAUUAUCAACGACCCAGAUGAGCUUGAGAAAAAGUACCUAACCUUGGUGUCGCAACAUAGUGGAUCCAACAACAACAACAACAACAACAACAGAAGAAGCCUCAUGAUAUUGAAUGUGAAUGCUUCACCUGGUACAAUUCUUGGCACUUUCCAAUUGGCACGACCAAGUAUAGAGAAUAUGCAGAAGAGGGUGAACGCCCAAUGGCAAGAGAAACAAUCCAAUAUUUUUCAUGUAUCGGCCUUUACAAUAACAUGUGCCUACGUAUGGGUUUGCCUAGUUAAAGCUCGGAAAAUCAGCAGGACAGGGAAAGUUCAUCUUGGAUUCAUUGUCGAUUGCAGGGCUCGCUUGGACCCCCCUAUUCUUUCAACUUAUUUUGGGAAUUGUGUUUCGACUCAUCUGACUUAUUGGGGGAAACCAAGGAAGGUGGACAUGACAUCAAUUGCCAGAAAUGGAGCUUUUUCUCUUUCAGAUUCUACAGAUGGCAAUGGAGGGCUUGAGAUUGGGUUGAUGUUGAACAAACAGGAAAUUGAAGCUUUUCCUUCUUUGUUUGCUACUGGUCUCGAAGCCCAUUAACGAGAAAUUUUACUUUCUUAUUUUUUGUGUUUUUUUGUUUUUAUUGAAUUUUUUUAAUAUUUUAAGUAAUUUUUUUUUACUUCUUAGACAUACCUAAC